AUGAGGGAUAUGAAUCAGUGUUUGUCUGGUUGUGAUCUCGAGGAUAUUGGGUUCAAAGGGCCUGACUUUACUUGGAAGAGGGGCAAAAUGCAGGAACGAAUUGAUAGAGCUUGUGCAAAUGAGGCUUGGAAUUUAUUUUGGCCGAAUAGGUUCUUGUCUCACUUACCUUAUUUUUGCUCUGACCAUAGACCCAUCCUCCUUGCUAAGGAUAAGGUUUAUAAGAGUGAUGACAGGGAGAAACCUUUUAGGUUUUUAGUCUCUUGGAUGACUGUGAAUAGUUUUGAUGAGGUGGUGAAGAGUAGCUGGAAUAAAAAUUUUGACUGGGUUUCAGCCAGAAACAGUUUUGAGACAAGAGCUAAAGUGUGGCAUCAGCAGGUGUAUAGACAGAUUAUUAAUAAGAAAAAUAAAAUCUAUGCUAGAAUGAGGGGUAUUGAUAAUUACAGGCAGGGCAGGUAUGACCAUAGCAUGGAAAUUCUUCAGAGAAGUCUUUGGAGGGAGUUGCAAGAGAUUUUAGUGAGGGAGGAGUUGGACUGGUUCCAAAGGUCCAGAUGUCAAUGGCUUAAGUUUGGUGAUAAGAACUCUAAGUUCUUUCAUUCGGCAACCAUUUCAAGAAGGAGACAUAACAAAGUGGUUGCUCUUAGAAAUGAGGAUGAGAGAUGGGUAACUGACAAGGAGGAGCUUAUCAACAUGGCUGCAAACUAUUUUGAGAAACUGUUUGCUCCUGAUGAUGAGGAGGUUGAGGAGUAUCCUGUGAGAGGCUUGUUUCCCACUCUUAGUGAUACAGAGAAGGAAUUUCUUGCUAGAGUGCCUUCAAGGGAGGAGAUCCGUAGUGUGGUCUUUAAGAUGGGGAAGUUUAAAGCUCCAGGGCCUGAUGGGUUGCAGGCUGUGUUCUUCCAGAAUCAUUGGAAUACGGUUGGGGAGUCAGUUUGCAAGCUGAUUGUGGACAUUUUUCUGGAUCCUAAGAAAGUUAAGGACAUUAAUAAAUCCUUGAUUUGCCUCAUUCCUAAAAAAGAUAGUCCAGAGAAUAUGAAGGAGUUUAGGCCUAUAAGCCUUUGCAAUGUGGUGUAUAAGGCUGUGACAAAAAUUAUAACAAAAAGGUUGAGAGAGUUCAUGCCUAGGAUGGUAGCUCCUAAUCAGUGCAGUUUUAUUAGAGGAAGACAGAGCACUGAUAAUAUAAUCAUUGCUCAAGAAACUGUGCAUUCCAUGAAAGAGAAGAAAGGUAGGAAAGGGUGGAUGAUGAUUAAGGUGGAUUUGGAGAAGGCCUAUGAUAGGCUUAACUGGGGAUUUGUAAGGGAGACUUUGGAGGAUGUAGGUCUGCACAAGUCCCUAACAUACCUGAUCAUGAGUUGCAUUUCAUCUAGCACAAUGAACCUGUUGUGGAAUGGGGGAUUGACCAAAGAUUUUAAGCCUCAAAGAGGCAUUAGGCAGGGAGAUCCAGUUUCUCCUUACCUUUUUGUCUUGUGUGUUGAGAAACUGGCACAUUUAAUUCAAUUAGCUGUUGAUACUAAGGCUUGGAAGCCUAUUUUGUUGAAUAAGAAUGCCCCUCCUUUGUCUCAUUUAUUUUUUGCUGAUGAUAUAAUCCUUUGUGCUGAGGCUUCUAUAGAUCAGGCUCAUGUUAUUAACCAAGUCCUUAAAUUGUUCUCUGCUGCUUCGGGUCAAAAGGUCAGUGUGGAGAAGUCUAGGGUGUUCUUCUCAAAGAAUGUGGGUCUUAAUAGAGCUAUGGAGAUUAGUGAAUGCCUCGGAGUGGGAUUAACUAGUGACCUGGGAAAAUAUCUUAGGGUGAAUCUGAAUCAUAAGAGAGUGUCCAGGAACUCCUUGAGCUAUGUGGUGGAUAGAGUCCAGCAUAGGUUGUCUUCUUGGAAACAAAAUUCGUUGUCUUUAGCAGGAAGGAUUACUUUGGCCAAGGCUGUGUUGGAAGCACUACCAGCUUAUACAAUGCAAAGUACUGAUGUGCCUAUCAGUAUUUGUAAGGAAGUGGAGAAGAUGACUAGGGGUUUUAUUUGGGGAUCAAAUCGUAGCAAGAGAAAGGUUCAUCUUGUUAGCUGGGAGAAUGUUUACAGAGUCAAGGAGGAAGGUGGCCUUGGCUUGAGAGAUCAGAAAUUGAUUAAUCAAGCUUAUGCUAUGAAGAUUGGCUUUGGGGUAAUGAUGAAUCAUGAUACUCUAUGGGCCAGAAUUCUGAGAUGUAAGUACAAGGUAGGUGCUGAGUUAGUUCCAAUGUUAAAGGAAGGAAGAUCUAACUCGAAUGUUUGGAAGGGAGUCUGCAGAAGUUGGAAGCAUGUUCAAGAUGGAGUGAGAAUUCAUAUUGGGAAUGGCUGUAAAACAAAAUUUUGGUGGGACAAAUGGGUGCCUAAGAUGGGAAGGUUGAUUGAUAGAACUUCUGAGUCCAUCCCUGAAGAAACAAGUAACUGGUUGGUUGGGGAUUGUGUCAAUCAAGCAGGUUUCUGGCAAUGGCCUAAGUUCAAUAAGUUCCUGAAUGAUGAAGUAAUGGAGGCGAUUUCUAAUAUCCAACCUCCUUCUGUUAAUGCUGGGGCAGACAAGGUGUGCUGGGAUUUGUCUUCUACAGGUACCUUUUCAAUUAAGUCUGCUUAUAAAUCUUUGAAUUCUUCUCUAGUUUAUGAUGAUAAUAGAAAUUGGGCCUUGGCUUGGGAAUGGGAGGGCCCCCAGCGAAUAAGAACAUUUCUUUGGCUACUCAUGGGUGAAAAGUUAUUGACCAAUGAUCAAAGGAUUCGAAGGAACUUUUGUGAUGAUGCUACUUGUAGAAUAUGCCAGGGGGCUGUGGAGGAUUGUACUCAUCUUUUCAGGGACUGUUGCUGGUCCAGACAGAUUUGGCAAAUAUGUUUUUCUUGGGUUGAUAUUAGUGCAUUUUGGAGUGGGGAAUUCCAAUACUGGAUUGAGAGGAAUCUGAAUAGGAAGAAGCAUAAUAAGGAGUGGAGAAGGUUGUUUGGGGUCAUAUGUUGGCUGAUUUGGAAGGAAAGGAAUAACAUGAUUUUUAAUGAUGUUUGGAAGUCACCCAUGGAGUUGGUUAACCAAGCUAAGUCGUUUGUUCAUAAUAUCACUAUGUCUGAAAGUAUACUGUCUAUGGCUGGGAUUCAGAAUGUUACUAGGGAGGAUUUGCAGGUUCAUUGGGAGGUCCCUCCUCCUAACUGGAUUAAGAUUAACUCCGAUGGGGCUUGUGCUGAGGAAGGGAUCAGGAUGAGUUGUGGGGGUGUGGCAAGGAACUGCUAUGGGGAAUGGAUAGCUGGGUUUUCAAAGAAACUUGGUAGUGGAAAUGUCUUGAUGGCUGAAUUGUGGGGAGUUAUCCUGGGCUUGGAAUGGGCUUGGGUGCAAGGAUAUCAGCAGCUGAUCAUUGAAGUGGACUCUAUGGAUGCUUAUAACGUGAUCUUACAAGGAUGUGUGGAAGCUCACCCGUGCCACAUGCUGAUGCUUAGGAUCAAGGAGAUGAUGGGGAGAAGCUGGCAGGUUAAUGUGUUGCAUGUUUAUAGAGAAUGUAAUAGAGUAGCUGACUGGUUGGCUAGGCAUGCUCAUAGAUUGGAUUGGAAUACUAUUUGGUAUAGGGAACCCCCUGAUGGUUGUAGGGGUUUUUUGUUAAGUGAUAGUAGGGUUGGUGAUGCCCAGGAUGUUGGGUAA